CCAGGAUCCGGACACCGGCUCGGGAAUCACUCACCUCAGUGUGCUGAUGGAAGCCAGUCACAGAGUUAGCAGCGAUGCUAACACUCCGGGAAUGAGCCGGGAGUCUGUGGGAUCCUUCAGGUCCACGCAUCUCCUCUGGUGGAUCUCUUCCUGCUCAGACGCGGAAGUCUGCAGUGAGGUGGAGAACCGCUGUGAAGCUUAUCUGAUCUACAGCAUGGGGUCUUCUGCAAUAUAAAUAUGGACACAGUAAAUAUUAGAGCAGGUUUCAGCAGCAGUGUGGGCUCCUGAUUAGUGUGUUUCUGGAGCAUGAACUCCAUAGUGGAGGUUAGAGGAGUGAAAGCUGGAUAUGCCUGUGGAUACUGUAAGAGCUCAUGGGGAAAAGUCUCAUAUGGUAUGUGGGCCCAUUCAAUGAACGUCCAGGACUACCAAGACCUCAUUGACAGGGGAUGGAGAAGAAGUGGAAAGUAUGUUUACAAACCUGUCAUGAACAAGACCUGCUGUCCACAGUACACUAUCAGGUGCCAUGCCUUAAAAUUCCAUCCUUCAAAGACUCAUAAGAAGAUCUUGAAGAAGGUGACGAAGUUCCUGUCGAAAGGGGAGAUGCCAGCAGGCCCGUGUGACGCUCCUUGUGAUGGUGUGUUCUCAGACAUCGCUGGCUUCCUAAAGCCUCUCGUUUCGUCUCUUCAGCGGACAGUGGCUACAGCUGCUGGAAUAUCGCAGACAUUUCUCUCAGGUGAGCGAAUGGACUCCAUGGUUGAAGAGGGUGGAGAAGUUCCUCCGCUGCAUCCUGUGGAAAUCCAGCACGCUCAGGUGGAGCAUCCGAUCGUCCCUAUCAGCGUCGAGGAAGACACCGAUGCCAAACCUUUAACAUCGGAGAGUUUAAGAGAGAAAACUGUUUCAGCAGCAGCAGGGAAGAGUCCACGCGUCACGCCUAAACCAGGAGCAGGAGCAGACCCAAGCAAACCUCCAUGUCGUAAGGCGAAGGAUAUCCGGAAAGAGCGACGUUUACAGAAGGAGCAACAAAUGCAGCAAGAUGGAGGAGACACUUUAACAAACCCUAAACCUGCUCCUGCAACUCCGGCCGCCAGUCAGCCCAAACCUCUAGAAGACUUCAUCACCGACUCGCUGCCUGAUGAUCCUCUUCAUCGCUUAGAGGUGAGGCUAGUGCCAGUCAGCUUUGAGGACCCUGACUUCUUGGCAUCUUACGAGCAGUCAGUGAAGCUGUUUGCCUGUUACCAGAUGGCCAUUCAUGAUGACGAUCCCUUCGAAUGUGAUGAAAGUCAGUUCAAGAGAUUCCUGUGUGAUUCACCACUAGAGGCGGAGACGUCUCCUGAUGGACCUGAUAUGGGCUACGGCUCCUUCCACCAGCAGUAUUGGUUAGACGGACGUAUCAUAGCCGUGGGCGUCAUCGACAUCCUUCCUAACUGCAUCUCCUCAGUCUACCUCUACUACCACCCGGACUUUGCCUUCCUCUCGCUCGGAUCCUAUUCCGCUCUCAGGGAGAUCGCCUUCACCAGGCAUUUGCAGAAGCAGUCCCCCAAGCUCUCCUACUACUACCUGGGCUUUUACAUCCAUUCUUGCCCUAAGAUGCGCUACAAGGGUCAGUACCAUCCUUCAGACCUUCUGUGCCCAGAGACGUACACAUGGGUGUCCUUGGAUAAAUGUGUCCCCCACCUGGAAAUCUCAGCCUACGCUCGGCUCAACGAAGACACCCGAGCAGGUGAUGCUUGUGCACUGAAAGACUUGGGACGGGUUCUGGUGCUACACAAGAAGAUGGUCAUGCCUUAUGCCACCUACUCGAGGAAAAAGAAAGUCUUGAGCGAGGAGAAAGAGGUGGAGCAGUACGCAGGCCUGGUGGGCCAGAAGACUGCCGAGAAGAUUCUCCUCUACCGCUCUUAGUUCAUUCUCUUAUUAAAUAACCACUCGCAUAAUUUAGCCUUUAAUUCCCUCCUUCCUGUGUGCAUUUCUCUGUGUAAAGUGUGUUUUCUUCAGGCUUCAGGUGCUGUUCCGUAGAGAUUCUGGUUAGUUAUCUAUAAAGCCUCGGUCUUUCCAUCCUGUUUUAUAUCAAAGUUAUAACUAAUUAUCCACAUGUAAUCGCACGUGUGUUGCAUUAUUUCACUGUAAAUUUUAGCUGCUGCAGCUCUGCCUAAACACGUACACAGAUUUGUCCCACACUGAAGAGUGUGACUGGGACAGUGUUAACAGCAUGUUCACCACAAUCCUGAGCUUCUAAAGACUCCGAAAGCUGACGUGUUUAAAAAAAAAAAACAGAAAAAAUAACGUAGACUAAAAUGUCCUUAUGCCCUGCGUGCCAUUCUGGAGGAACGAUGUGGAAUAAUGCAGCGGAUUGAAAGCUUUACACGUCCUCUAGAUACGAAACGUAAAAUAUAAACAGCUGUGCUCGGUCCAAACUCAUGCCGUCCAUCAUGUCACUGCUUUUUCUUUUGUAUUCUACUGCACUCAUUUCACACACCUGAAUAAAAGCGUUCUGCUUG